GGAUAGACUUGGAAGCGGGAUAUGUGUCUUGUCAGACCACCGCCAUCAUGUCUGCCACAACCACAAUGACUUUGGCCAAACUCGAUUCCCCCCUCUGCCUUCUCGCACAUGGAGCACCCAAGCUGCUCAGGUUACCUGUCGAGCUCCUCGAAAUCAUAUCCACCGAACUCGAAAGACCUGAUCUGAAUUUGCUGGCGAGGACGAACAAGCUCCUCAACGUUAUCAGUACUCGAACGCUCUAUCGUGAGCUCACAGGCUUGUCUCAAGAGCAGUCCAUCCGAGCUCUCAGAUCCUUCGUCUAUCCCUCCGAUGUUGAAGAGGCAAGAAAGCGAGCAUUGCAUGUUCGCACACUGCAUCUCGAUUUUUCAAAUUGUCGGGUAACCGCCAACUUCCUCCGUCUCCUCCAGCGAGCUCUACAGACUCUACAUUCACUAAAGGACCUGUCACUCGAAUUUGGCCUGCAAGAUAACCAUUAUUCCAUCGCCUGGUGCCUGAAAGAUUGUCCCUUCCAACUGCGGAUAUUCACGACAUCCAUCAGGUGUGAUGAGGACCUUGCUGCGUUCAUCGAGGGACAGCGGAAGCUGGAGGAGCUUGUACUGCGAGGUUUCCAAACUACCUCACCGUUCACUCUUUCCCCCGAUGCUCUCCCAAAGCUUUCCGCAUUCCGUACCGUUCAUGCAGGAGUACCGGUGUUGAAGGAAGUGAUGAAGGGGAGACCGAUCGAAGCGGUAUCAUUGUCCCUUUUUCAGGAGGAUAAGUUUGAGCCACUGGACACGCUGUUGCUGCCACAGACACAGAUCAAGAGGUUGACGAUCAUGUCUUUGGGUGAUACUCCUCCGGAUAUGCUCCUGCCAGAGAUCGCGGCACGACUUCCCGCUUUGGAGGCCUUGCAUAUCGUUGUGCUCAUGGCUCGAUACAGCUAUGAGAACCUUUUGGCUUCUACCCCGUACCUUACUGCAUUUUCAUCCCUUCGCUACCUCACCUUCAUGACCGGCGGUGGUACCGAAGUCAUUGAAGAUGAGAGGCGAGUCGUGUAUACCUGGGCAAAGGCCUGUUCGACUCUUCGUACCAUCAUAUUGCCCAGAGGCAAGGUGUGGUUCGAGAGGGAUGGUCGGUGGACAUGCUGCGCUUCUGAUUAGUGUGGCGUAGUCGAGACGUCGAUGUCAUGGCGCAUGUGGUGGCGUUGACACAGGGACUUCGAACGAUCAAAUACAAUGUAGCCAUGAAGGGACAAGUGUAUCGGACUAAAUUAUUCAUUAGGUAUGUCCGCCUUAGAGUAUAUGUGACACCAGAGGUCUCAUUGGACUACUCCAUCACAGAUUUGUUUUGUAUCUGCCAGUGUACAUUAUGUGUGUUUGUACGAGAAAACGGGAGCAAAGGUUUCCACAGCGUCAUGAUCGUUGAAUCGUGGGAUAAGCACGAUAUUUGGGACGUGUAGAAUUAUGGACGCUAGAUCGUUUGGCAAUGGUCUACGUGGUCAACUUUGUCACUGGGCGAGGGUGAGCAACUCACGCAUAUUUCUUAUGACACGAUGCUUGUUUCAUGUUUUGAGUA